AUGACCAAGCGCUUCAUGUCAACUUGUGUUCAGUCUGCUGUCGCUGAACCAGGAACCCUGGACCCGGGCGCAGCAGGUUUAUGUGCCCUCCGCCUGCUCUGGGGGAACUCCUCAAGGGCCGCGGUGAGCUGGGAUGCCACCCUGGGCCACUUUGACUCCCACAGAACAGGAACAACAACGUCCAAAGCGUUGAACAUGCCGCUACAGCUACAGCAGCAGCAGCAGCUAGCUGAAGACCUGUACGUUUUCCGCAAGUCCUAUCUGGGUAUUCAGUCAGUACGCAGCAUGUACCUGGAUGCUGACGUGGUGAGUGUGAGACCAAACACCGAGCUCAUCGUUACCGUGACAGCGGCCUCCUCAACCAACCGUCCCGCAGUCAGCCGCAUCCUCAGCAACAAUGAGACAGUUGCUGCCCCCACUGAUCUGGUGGGAGAGCCGGUGGGCUCCAACGGCAUUCUGCUCACGUGGCGCCCCCCCGACGACAUCUCCGUCGAGGCCUACAUUAUCAGAUACAAGGAGGUAUGCCCGUACCCCGACACCAACUUCAAGUACGUCACCGUCCUUAAUAUCGCAGAGACUCUCCUGAACACCUUCGUCCCAGGGUCCACCUACGGCAUCCAGGUGGCAGCAGAGACGUCUGAGGGUGUGGGGUUAUACAGCAAGACUUCGUACAUGAAGACGGCAGAGGCCGCCCCCGGCCUGGUUACCAAUAUGACGGCGGUAGCUGUGAACCACACCUUUGUGAUGGUCACAUGGUUCCUCCCCCGUCGUAUCAACGGCCUCAUCACCAAGUUUGCACUGAAAGUCAAACACGCCCGCACCAGCCAGACUGUCCGCAUGCUGGAGCUGAACGCAGAAGACAUCAUGGCGGGAGCUCUGCCCCACUGCAACGACGCCGCAGACAUCCUGACCCGCGGGACCACCAGUCCGGCGGAAAUGACGGCCUCCGCCCCCUCCAUCACAGAGUCUGCGGUGCCCCCCGCCGCGGCCUGGAGCGUGCCCAUCUCGGUGGGCGUGGACCAGCUGAGGCCCUACACCGCCUACCUGUUUGAGGUGUCGGCCUUCAUCGCGGAAGGGGAGGGGCAGGUCGCCUCCUACAUGGUCCGCAUGCCCGAGUCAGCACCAGAGGACCCUCCGCAGAACAUGUCCAUAACUCAGAUAACCUCUACAACCAUCUCCAUGACCUGGGAGCCUCCCACCAUCAUCACAGGACGAUUUUCCUACGUGGUGUACCUCUCUGGACCCGCAGGGAACGUGAUGUACGAGAACACGACGGCGGACGAGCACCUGGUCCUCGUGGGUCUGAAGCCGUACACCCGCCACACCGUGGCCGUGCGGGCCAAGUCCGCCCGCGAGGUCGGCCCUGAGGCCGCCUUGGAGGUCAUGACCUCCGCUGAAGCACCAAGUGCGGUGCGGGAUCUGAGGGCGGAGGCAGUGGACUCCAUCUCCAUCCGCCUGAGCUGGAGCGUCCCGGCCCCGCCCAACGGAGUGAUCACCCAGUACCGGCUCCAGGUGCUGGCUGAGGACACGCUGCUGAGGAACAUCAUCUUCACUGGGGAGCCGAAUGAGAAUGACACGGAUACGGAUUGGGUCAGCACCUUGCCUCCAGACCCCCGCGGCCUCUCAGGGCGGCGAAGGCGGUCGCUGGACCCGACCGUGACCCCCUCCCCGCCGGCGUUCACCCCCACCAUCUCUGACCGCCGGACCCCCUCCAGUACGGCUUCUCCCGGGCGGCUCGUCUCCGACGGCGACGCUCUCACACCGCCCCCCCUUGCCGACGGCGGCAGCCCCCUUACCGUGCCCCCCAUGGCCCAAGAGACCCGCCCCGCCCCUGACAGCAGCCCCAGCAGCGGCCGCCCCGACUGGGCCUCGACGUCCGCCUCGACGUCCGCCUCGACGUCCGCCUCGGUGGCCACCAACGCGGCGUCCGUCGCUGACUUCGCAACCGCGCCACCUUCGGCCGCGUCUCCGCCUUGGCUGACCCGGCAAUCGCAAACCCCGGACGCCACCUCUGACUCCCCCCCCAUGACGGCGACCUCGGGCCCGCCCCGCACCCGCCGCGCUGACGUCACCGGCCAGACAAAUGUGCUGCUAGUAUUAUUAAGACACUUUUAUUCAAACCGACUCACAAAGGUCAAAUUAAGUUCUCUGUGGAGCAGGUGGGUCAUCGGCUUCUUGUGUGUGUGUGUGUGUGUGUGUGUGCGUGUGUGUGUGUGUGCGCGCGUUCCAGGCCUAGUGAACCUAACGACGACGCUGCCGGAUCUGUCCUCGGAGAUGUCCUACGUGGUGACAGACCUCAGGCCCUUCACCGCGUACGCCUUCAGGGUCAGCGCCUCCACCGUGGUGGGGGAGGGGCCCACGGCCCAAGUGGAGGAGAAGACCAGCGAACAGGUGCCCAGCUCCGUGCUUGACGUGUCCUAUGAGAUCGUGAACUCCACCUCCGUGCUGGUCAGCUGGAGCCCGCCGUCGCGGCCCAAUGGGCGGAUCCAGCGCUACACCGUCUACGGCCUCAACCUCAACACCAACGAGACCCUGGAGCUGCACACCAACAGCACCGGUGUCCUGCUGACGGAUUUGGACAAAUACACGCCUUAUGUGCUGCGCAUCGCUGCCUCCACGAUGGUCGGAGAGAGCGCCCUGUCUGAGGAGGACGACAUCUUCGUGGUCACCGAGGAAGACGAGCCCGACUCCCCCCCUGAGGACGUGGAGGUGGCGGAGACGAACCCCACCACGGUCACCCUGACCUGGUCCCCGCCCGCCAAGGCCAACGGCCUGAUCCAGCGCUACGAGGUGCUGUACUGGAACCAGACCUUCUCCUCGGCGGUCAACACGUCGGACCCGGGCGCCACGCUCACCCACCUGAAGCCCUUCUCCCGCUACCACGUCUCCAUCAGAUCCUACACGCGCCUGGGCCACGGCAACCACACCUCGGACACCCUGCAGCUGCUGUCCGGAGAGGACGUGCCGGGCAGUGCGGUGUACAACCUGACCUACGCGUCGCUCAGCCCCAGUGAGGUGAACCUGACCUGGCAGCCCCCGCUGGCGCCCAAUGGCCUCAUCCUGCACUACAGCCUGGCUCUGUGGAACGCCACCCACUCGCUGGACCUCACCUCCAACGCCAGCUCCCUGUACAUCGGCCACCUGCGCAAGUACGCCCGCUACAGCGUGACGGUGCAGGCGCACACGCGCGCCGGCCCGGGCAACUACACCAGCGAGCCACUCAACAUCACCACCCUGGAGGACGCGCCAGACACGCCCCCUCAGUUCCUCCAUUCGAAGAAGGUGUCUGACUACCAGGUAGAGCUGUCCUGGGACCCCCCGCUGGAGGCCAAUUCAGACGUCCUGUACUACAUACUCAGGGUCUGGAAUGAGACAAGCGAGACAUGGUCGAACGUGACGGGCACCUCGGUGGUGAUCACAGUGGACUCUGAGAGCCAGUACAACGCCUCCGUCUCCAGCUGGACCCGCCUUGGGGACGGAGGGGUGGUGGUGUCCAUCAGCUUCACUACACUGGACUCAGAGCCAUUUGACCCCCCACAGAACGUGACGGUUGGUAACGCGACCACCUCCUCUGUCUCCUUCACCUGGAUGCCCCCCAACGAGCCCAACGGCAUCAUUGUGCACUACACCAUCCACUACUCUGAGAACGGCAGCUUGGCCCAGGAGACUAUACCAGUGUCUGCGUUGCCCCCCACUGGCUCCCCUGGCUCGCCCUACUCCUACACUCUGAAGGGACUGGUGGGAGGAGCCAACUACACCCUGUGGAUGACCUCCAGCACCUGGCAGGGUGACGGAGGAGUCAGCAGCCCGCCCCUCACCGUGGGCCUACCAGAGGACGUGCCCAAUGACCCCGUCCACAACCUGACGGCGCAGAACUUCAGCUCCCCGGGCUUCAUCGUCAGCUGGGACCCCCCCGUGGAGCCCAAUGGCCGGCCCUUCUACCUGGUCACCCUGCAGGAGGCCCCCUCCACCGGCACCCCGCUGCCAAACAAGACCAACAGCGCGACCACCAGCGAGCGGGGCCGCCUGUACACUAAUCUCAAGAAGUACACAGCGUACGUGUUCACUGUGACCCCGGCGACCAACGCCGGGCCCGCCUACAACCACACCAGAACCAUCCACCUGAUGACCGAAGACGACGUCCCCAGCUCUCCCCCGAUCCUAGUGUCCGCCAAGAACCUGUCGUCGUCCUCCAUCUCUGUGGUCUGGCAGCGCCCCCUAGAGGCCAACGGGGAGAUCACAGAGUACAGACUCACGCUGCUGGGCCCGCGGGCCUCCAACACCACCACCGCACACACCUCGCUCACCCUGGCCGACCUGGUUCCCUACACGGUUUACAACCUCAGCAUCGUGGCCCUGACCCGCAAGGGCCCUGGGCCCGCGCUGUGGCUGCUGCUCCACACGGAUGAAGCAGGCCCCAUGUCUCCUCCACGUCACCUGACCAUAUUCAACCACACCUCGUCGUCUGUGUGGCUGAGCUGGGACCCCCCCCUCGAGCCCAACGGGGUGGUCACACACUACGGCUUCAGGAUCCGAGAUGACAACACACACACUGACUCUUACCAGAACUCGUCCGAUGCGGUCACCUCAGCCCAUCUCUCAGGCUUCAGACCCGAUGGCUCGUACAACAUCAGCGUGUUCAGUUACACCCGAGUGGGGCACGGGGACCAGUACAGCAACCCCGUCAGCUUCACCACCAACGAGUCAGUGUCUGACACGGUGGGCAACCUGUCUUGCUGGGGGAUGAGCUGGGACUCCGUUCAUCUGUCCUGGGACCCACCGGCAAACCCCAACGGACAGAUCCUCUCCUAUCAGGUCCGGGUGGAUUCGAUGGCGCGACCCUUGGAAUCCAGCUCGUCAGAGCUCACGGUCAGCGGCCUGGUGCCCGACCAGACCUACAUGCUGUCUGUGAGCGCUGUCAACUCUGCAGGGCUGGGGGACCCAAUGAACUGCACCGCCGAGACGCACCCAGAGUCAGUUCCAGGCGCUCCUGGCUUCCUGAACGUGUCUCUGGUCACGGCCACCAGCGUAACUCUGGAGUGGGCCCCGCCCCAGGCCGUCCCGGGGGUGCUGAGGGAGUACCGCAUCACUGUCCAGCUGCUGUUCCCUGGCUGCCAUGAGCCCCAGCUCUCUCCCCCCACCACCAGCGUCAACACCACCGCCACCGCCCCCACCAGGGCAGCAGGGGAGCUGGCUGCCGGCUGUGCUCUGGACUCAGAGACGGUGGUGUCGGUCAACGGCUCAGAGGGCGCCGGGGGCAACCACAACUUCACACUCGGAUCGCUGGCCAAACACAGGGCCUACCGCUUCCAAAUGGCGGCCAUGACCAAUGCUGGGGUGGGGGAUCAGACAGCCUGGAUACACGCACACACCCUCGCCGGAAACCCGGAUGCACCUCCUGGUAACCUCAUCGUGGAAUCCACAUCCCACAGCCUCCAGAUCAGAUGGGAGGCUCCCAGAAUACUCUCUGGACCUACCUCCUAUCUAGUUCUGGUGGUUCCUUUGGAGGCUGCCGCCCGCAACGUGUCGGUGGUGCGUGCGCCCGGUGAGCUGCAGAGAGUGGUGGUCACCAACCUGACGGCCUUCACCCUCUACUCCGUCACCGUCACCGCCUUCACCGGACACCUGGAGCGUGCCGCCAGUGACGGCAAGACCAGUGAGCCAGCACUGGUCAGGACCCAGGAAGAAGAGCCCAAAGACCCGCCCGAACACCUCACCCCGGCCGAGGGGGUGACCCGAGUGUACUUGACCUUCACCCCUCCGCGAGAACCCAACGGGAAUAUCAGUGCCUACCAGGUGGAGGUAUCAAGAAAAGGCUACCCACAGAGUCCGCUGGUGAUGAACAUCAGCGGCCUCAACGUCAUCCGGAACCCCAAUUUCACGGUGACGGUCGUCAUCGAUGGACUGAAGGGAGGAUAUAACUACAGCAUACGGAUUGCAGCAGUAAAUGGAGCAGGGAAAAGCCCCUUCAGCCAAGAGGUCAACAUAACAACAGGAAUGACUGCCCCAGCCAAGCCAACCCAGAAACCCCAGGUGGUGAUUAUCCGAGGAGAGGUCGCCGUGGUUACCCCCAGGACCAUUACCAUCCACAAGCCUGCUUGUUUUUACAGCGACGACAACGGGCCAAUCCGACACAUCCAGGUCAUCGUGGCUGAGUCCGGGGUGAAGUUAGGCGAAAUUCCGACCAAUUGGAAGACUGCAUUUUUCGAACAACCUGCCCCCUACCUGACAGACGCGGGGUUCCCCACCCCUUCCUGUGAGCGGGAGAGGGGCGUGCACCGCGGCACACAGCACCACGACGGGAACGGUCUGGGCGUCGCUCUCCACGGCGGCCUGCUGGGGAGGGGCGUCGACUUUGGGGAUGACACAUACGUCAUUGGAGAAGAUGACAGUUGUGGAGAGGAAGAGGAAACUCUAUGCAACGGACGUCUAAAACCAAAUACUGGUUAUGUGUUUAAAUUUCGGGCUACUAAUAUUAAAGGCCAAUACACAGACUCUGAGUAUUCGGACGAUGUCAAAACUACAGUGGAUGGGAUGUUAACCCGAGACGAGCAGAUCAUUCUGGGAGUCCUGCUGUCCGUCUUCCUGGCCGUGUUCCUUAUCACCAUCAUCUGUGCCUCGGUCAGAAUUCACCAGCGCAAAAAUGAGGGCGCCACCUAUUCCCCGAGGCAGGCGGAGAUCAUCGAGACCAAGUGCAAACUGGACCAGCUGAUCGCUGUGGCCGACAUGGAGCUGAAGGAGGAUAAAGUGAACCGGUAUUCAUCGUUCUUCUUCAGACGGAAAGAGAUAUAUGUCAUCCAACUUCUCAGCUACAGAAAGUCACUCAAGCCUGUCAACAAGAAGUCGUUUUUGCAGCAUGUGGCCGAUCUCUGUGCCAAUGACAACACUAAGUUCCAAGAAGAGUUUGCUGAGCUACCCAAGCUGCUGCAGGAUCUAGGCACCUCAGACGCAGACCUACCAUGGAACAGAUCUAAGAACCGCUUCACCAACAUCAAACCGUAUAACAACAACAGAGUGAAGCUGUUGUCCGAGCCAGGAAUACCCGGCUCUGAUUACAUCAAUGCUAGCUUUAUCUCAGGCUAUCUGUGUCCCAAUGAGUUCAUUGCCACCCAGGGCCCGCUACCGGGCACUGUGGCAGACUUCUGGAGGAUGGUCUGGGAGACUGGAACCCGCACCAUCGCCAUGCUCACACAGUGUUACGAGAAAGGCAGGAUCCGGUGUCAUCAAUACUGGCCAGAGGACAACAAGCCGCUGACGGUAUUUGGGGAUAUAAUCAUUACCAAACUGGCGGAGACUGUCUCCUCGGACUGGACUGUGAGGGCCAUCAAAGUUGAAAGACACGGGGACUACAUGGUGGUCCACCACUUCAACUUCACCACCUGGCCUGAGCACGGGGUGCCCGAGUCCAGCAGCACGCUCAUCCAGUUUGUCAAAGCUGUCCGGGCCAACAGACACGAAAACACCACCAUAGUGGUGCACUGCAGUGCCGGUGUAGGCCGCACCGGAGUGUUUAUUGCCCUUGACCACCUCAUUCAGCAUAUCAGUGACCACGAUUUCGUGGAUGUUUACGGUCUGGUGGCUGAACUGCGCAGCGAGAGGAUGUGUAUGGUGCAAAACCUGGCCCAGUACAUGUUCCUGCACCAAAGCACAUUAUCUCUGCUUGACAGUAAAGGCAACAGCCAGUCGAUCUGGUUUGUAAACUACUCCGCUCUGGAGAAAAUGGAUUCUCUGGAGGCCAUGGAAGGUGACGUAGAGCUGGAAUGGGAAGAGACGACCAUGUGAUCUUUUUAUUUUUUAUCGUUAAGAUCCUCUGUUUCUAGGUAACAUUAACAUUGAGAGUGAUAUUUGGAGUAAGGGCAGCACUCUAAUGGGGAGCUGUGGAUCAGGGAUGAUUUGAAACAAACGACGGCUGAUUCAGCCAGCUGGCGCCCCUCGGCUCAUCUCUGUAGCAUCAACGUGUCUUAAGAUUAUGUUUUAUACGGAAUUCGCAAAAAAGAGAAAAAGUGGAUAAAAAUGGUAAACAAUGUUACGAAUGUCAAGAUAUGGCUUGCUUCUAGAAAGAGCAGCAGCACAUACAGUGUGUAAGCACACAAGUACUCUGCACAAGUAUUUUCAAUGUGUAUCGUUUGUCACAGUGAUAUCGUUAUUUAAACAAUCUUUGUAUUUUCUAAGAUAAUUUAUUCAGCCAAAAGUGUUUGUUUGUUCUGCAUUUAAAUGUUUUCCUCUGGUAAUUGAUGGCUUCUCUUUGGUGUACUUUUUCCUAAAGAGUGCCGUGAUUAAGUAAAAUAAAGCAAUAUUUUGUUUGUUCCACA